AUGGCCGACCACGCAGACGACCUCCACGCCGAGCAGACCGAGGGCUUCAAGGUCGGAGAGAAGAAGACAAUCGACGAGUACCAGAAGCUAGACCAGAACGAUGAGUCUCUGCAAAAGUGGAAGGCGUCCCUUGGACUUGGCCAGGGCAAGGACAUCUCCGACCCCAACGACCCCCGCAAGUGUAUCAUCCUCUCCCUUGGUCUCGAGGUAGAGGGCCGCGACGACAUCAUCAUCGACCUGCGUGCUCCUGGUGCGCUCGAGCAGCUCGAGAAGAAGCCCUUUACCAUCAAGGAGGGUGCGAGUUUCCGCAUGAAGGCACAGUUCAAGGUCCAGCACGAGAUUCUGGCAGGUCUCAAGUACCUCCAGAAGGUGACCCGCAUGGGUGCUAGCGCCAAGCUGCAGGAGAUGAUGGGCUCAUACGGCCCCAAUACUGAGGAGAAGCCCUUUUACGAGAAGAAGUUCGAGCCCGAAACUGCUCCCUCUGGCAUGCUUGGUCGCGGCCACUACACAGCCAUCUCCAAGUUCGUCGACGACGACAACCAGGUCCACCUGCAGUUCAAGUGGUCUUUCGACAUCAAGAAGGACUGGUCAUAG